CUCCUCUCUCUUCCCUCCAUCCUGGAGAACAGAAUCUGCACGGUGCUUUUUGUAAAGUUCUUUAAGGGCCCAUCCUAGCCAAAAUGAAUCCCAGAGAAGAAAAAGUAAAGAUAAUUACAGAGGAGUUCACUGAAAAUGAGGAGCAUGCAGACGUGGGAAGGCGGAAGAAGAAUUCAAAGGCCCAAAGACGACAAAGAAAGAAACAGCCUCCAACCACCGACCCUGAGGACAUGGUAUCGGAAAAAUCUCACAACGGCUCCCAGCAGGAGCCUGCACAGGAAGAGCCCGAGACGCAUCUUCUGGGCAUGACAGCCAAGCGGGGCCCUCGAAGCUUACCUCCAAUUCCUUCAGCUUCCAGAACAGGCUUUGCAGAAUUUUCCAUGAGAGAACGCAUGCGGGAGAAGCUUCAGGCCGCCAGGUCCAAGGCAGAAAGUGCGUUGUUGCAGGAAAUACCUAUCCCCAAACCCAGGCGCCUGCGAAGCCCCAGUUCCAGGGAGUUGGAGACGGAAUUUGGCACCGAGCCAGGUAAAGAGGUGCAAGGGACGCAACAAGAAGAUUCCCAGAGUUAUUCAAGAGUAAAGUUCCGUGAUCCUGUUCGAAAAACUAAGUCUAAAACCCAGGCUCCUCCUGGCUUCCCUUCAGCAGAAGAGGCCUAUAACUUCUUUACAUUCAACUUUGAUCCUGAACCAGAAGAACUAGAGGGAAAAAAACAAAUAAAAGGUAGAGAUGGAAGUGACCAAGAGGAGGAGUCAGGGGAAGAGCUGCCUGUCCAGGGAGAGAGGAAGUGGUUUGGAGAUGAUGGCCGGAUCCUGGCCCUGCCCAGUCCCAUCAAGCCAUUUUCCUCACGGCCACCACUGUUCACCCCAGCACAAAGCAUCAAGGCGGAACUUGAAACACUAUACAAAAAGGCAGUGAAAUAUGUCCACAGUAGUCAGCAUAUGAUUGGCUCUGGAGACCCUCCUGGAAAUUUCCAACUGGACAUUGACAUUUCGGGGCUCAUCUUCACUCACCAUCCUUGUUUUAGCCGAGAACAUGUUUUGGCAUCCAAGCUGGCACAGCUAUACGACCAGUACCUUGCAAGGCACCAGAGAAACAAGGCAAAAUUUCUUACUGAUAAGCUCCAAGCUCUGAGAAAUGCUGUUCAGACUGGCCUCGAUCCAGAAAAGCUCCAUCAGCCACUUGAUACAACCCAAAAAACCAUCAAUGAAUAUAAAUCUGAAAUUCGACAAACAAGAAAACUGCGUGAUGCUGAGCAAGAAAGAGAUCGAACACUGCUGAAGACCAUCAUAAAAGUGUGGAAAGAGAUGAAAUCCCUUCGAGAAUUCCAGAGGUUUACGAAUACACCCCUGAAACUUGUUUUGAAAAAGGAAAAAGUUGACAAGAAAGCAGAUGAGGAAGUAUAUGAAGCAGAAAUUCAAGCUGAAAUAAGAGAAUUGUUGGAGGAACACACAGAAGCAUAUGAACAGAAGAUGGAAGAGUAUAGAACUUCCCAUCAGCAAUGGAAAGCUUGGAAGAAAGCCCAAAGGGCCAAGAAGAAGAAGAAGAAGCAAGCAGCAGAAGAGGAUCUGGAUGAAGAGACUGAGGAGCUCCCUGCUGAGGAAGGCCCUGUGAAGCCCAUCCCUCCAGAGCCCACCGACCCAGCAGCCAUCGAGCAGCGGGUGAGGGAGCGAGCAGCCCACAGCAGGAGGCGGCCAGGGGAGCCCAUGCUGGUCCCAGAGCUGAGUCUGGCAGGGAGUGUGACGCCCAAUGACCAGUGUCCCAGGGUGGAGGUCUUACGAAGGGAUGAUGUUAAGAGGCGCUCGGUGUAUUUAAAAGUCCUCUUCAACAGCAAGGAGGUAUCCAGGACGGUGAGCCGGCAACUAGGACCAGACUUCCGAGUUCACUUUGGACAGAUUUUCAACUUGCAAAUAUUCAACUGGCCAGAGAGUUUAACACUUCAGGUCUAUGAAACGGUUGGAUACAGUAGUACCAGCUUGCUAGCUGAGGUGUUUCUGCCUAUUCCUGAGACGACUGUUGUGACGGGAAGAGCUCCCACGGAGGAAGUGGAGUUCAGCAGUAACCAGCACGUGACCCUGGACCAUGAAGGAGUUGGAAGUGGAGUGCCCUUCUCCUUUGAAGCUGAUGGCAGCAAUCAGCUGAUUCUAAUGACCUCAGGGAAAGUGUCCCACAGUGUGGCAUGGGCCAUCGGAGAGAAUGGAAUACCUUUAAUCCCUCCACUGUCGCAUCAGAACAUUGGAUGUCGGAGUGCUUUGAAGAGAGCGGACGCCAUCUCAUCCAUUGGCACAUCCGGACUGACAGACAUGAAGAAGUUAGCCAAGUGGGCAGCAGAGUCCAAGCUUGACCCUAACGACCCCAGCAAUGCCCCUUUGAUGCAACUCAUUUCGGUUGCUACCAGUGGAGAAUCCUAUGUCCCUGAUUUCUUUCGACUGGAACAGUUGCAACAGGAAUUUAAUUUCAUCUCAGAUGAGGAAUUAAACAGAUCCAAGAGAUUCAGGCUUCUUCAUCUUAGAAACCAAGAAGUACCAGAAUUCCGAAAUUACAAGCAAAUUCCAGCAUAUGAUCGAGAAAUUAUGGAAAAGAUAUUCCAGGACUAUGAGAAGCGGUUACGAGACAGAAAUGUGAUUGAAACCAAAGACCACGUCGACACCCAUAGGGCUAUGGUAGCCAAGUACCUCCAGCAGGUUAGGGAGUCUGUGGUGAACCGCUUCCUCAUCGCAAAGCACCAUUUUCUCCUUACUGACUUGGUAGUAGAAGAAGAAGUUCCUAAUAUCAGCAUUUUGGGCACGAGCCUUUUCAAGCUGGCAGAACAAAAGCGACCACUGAGGCCAAGGAGAAAGGGUCGGAAGAAGGUGACAGCCCAGAACCUGUCUGAUGGGGACAUAAAACUGCUGGUGAACAUUGUCCGGGCUUACGACAUUCCAGUGAGAAAGCCAACGGCCAGCAAGUUCCAGCAGCCAUCAAGAUCUUCGAGGACUUUCAGUGAAAAGCAUGUAACAUCCCCUAGUCCACACAGCCCGACACCCAGCGCUGACUUCCCCCUGAGCCAGGUGUUAGUACGUCCCUUUGUAGAAGUUUCUUUCCAACGAACAAUUUGUCACACAACCACAGCUGAAGGACCAAAUCCUAGUUGGAAUGAAGAACUUGAACUUCCAUUUAGGGCUCCUAAUGGGGAUUACAGCACAGCCAGUCUACAGUCAGUGAAAGACGAUGUAUACAUCAACAUUUUCGAUGAAGUAGUGUAUGACAUCUUAGAGGAUGACCGUGAAAGAGGAAGUGGAAUCCAUACCCGUAUCGAGAGACACUGGUUAGGAUGUGUGAAGAUUCCAUUUAGCACCAUCUAUUUCCAAGCAAGGGUUGAUGGCACAUUUAAAAUAGACAUUCCUCCAGUUCUCCUGGGCUACAGCAAAGAGAGAAACAUGUUCAUGGAGAGAGGCUUUGAUGCUGUCCGCAGCCUGAGUGAUGGCUCCUACAUCACCCUGUUCAUUACUAUUGAGCCCCAGCUGGUCCCAGGAGAGUCAGUUCGAGAAAAGUUUGAGUCUCAGGAAGAUGAGAAAUUACUUCAAGCAACAGAAAAAUUUCAAGCUGAAUGUGCCUUGAAGUUUCCAAAUCGUCGAUGCCUUACAACAGUAAUUGACAUAAGUGGAAAAACAGUUUUUAUUACACGUUAUCUCAAACCUUUAAACCCUCCCCAGGAGCUCCUGAACUUCUACCCCGAUAAUCAACAGGCAACUGCAGAACUGGUGGCUCGAUACGUGUCCUUGAUUCCUUUCUUGCCUGACACUGUUUCAUUUGCUGGUAUCUGUGACCUAUGGAGCACCUCUGACCAAUUUCUUGAUCUCCUGGCAGGAGAUGAAGAAGAGCAUGCGGUAUUGCUGUGCAAUUACUUUCUGUGGCUGGGUAAGAAGGCCUGGCUACUGAUGGGCAGUGCUAUUCCUGAGGGUCCAACAGCCUAUGUGCUAACUUGGGAGAAAAAUCAUUAUUUAAUAUGGAAUCCCUGCAGUGGACAUUUUUAUGGGCAAUUUGAUACAUUCUGUCCCUUGAAAAGUGUGGGCUGUUUAAUUGGCCCAGAUAAUGUUUGGUUUAACAUUCAACAGUAUGACUCACCACUAAGGAUAAAUUUUGAUGUCACGAAGCCUAAGCUAUGGAAAUCUUUUUUUUCAAGAAGCCUUCCAUAUCCUGGCCUUUCCAGUGUUCAGCCUGAAGAGCUAAUUUAUCAACGCACAGACAAAGCAGCUGCUGCUGAGCUACAAGACAGGAUUGAAAAAAUUCUAAAAGAAAAAAUCAUGGACUGGCGGCCACGCUAUCUGACUCGGUGGAACAGGUACUGUACCUCCACUCUGCGUCACUUCCUGCCUCUUCUGGAAAGCAGUCAAGGAGAAGAUGUGGAAGAUGACCACCAAGCAGAACUACUCAAACAGCUAGGAGACUACAGGCUCUCGGGAUUUCCUCUUCACAUGCCUUAUUCUGAGGUGAAGCCUUUAAUUGAAGCCGUGUAUAGCACUGGGGUGCAUAAUAUUGAUGUUCCUAAUGUAGAAUUUGCUUUGGCUGUAUAUAUCCACCCAUAUCCCAAAAAUGUCUUAUCUGUUUGGAUCUAUGUUGCCUCCCUUGUACGCAACAGGUAAUUUUUCAUUGUAACUUUUUGCAUCAUGUAAAACUACAAUUAGAAUAUUAAAUAUUUUUAUAUUAUUAUAUGAAAAAUAUUUUUGAGUAAUGAA